AGCGCCCUGCCGCUCUAGGCACCAAAACCUCGCGAGGCAACCGCCCGCCGGCGCCGCCGACGUAGCAAGAGGGUGAGCUGAGGACUAGAGGAGAGGGAAGAUGUCGUUCCGCGCGCGGGAGAUGUACAAGAAGGUGGUGCGGCGCUUGGGUGGCGAGGGGAAGCUGCCGGCUGAGCUGAUGAAGUCGGUGAAGGACAUACUGCCGGACAGCAACGUCGUCAUGGGGCGGGCCAAGCGCGGCAUCUUCGCGGGGCGACACAUCCGGUUCGGGAACAAGGUCUCCGAGGACGGCGGCAACAAAUCAAGGCGAUCAUGGAAACCAAAUGUUCAGGAGAAGCGUCUUUUCAGCUAUGUUCAUGAUCAGCACAUUAGAGUCAAGGUUACCACACACGCACUUCGAUGUAUUGACAAAGCUGGUGGGAUAGAUGAAUACCUCCUGAAGACACCUUACAAUAAAAUGGAUACCGAGAUGGGGAUAGUGUGGAAAGCAAAUAUCGAAAAGAUGUAUUCAGAUUUGGCUGAAAUAGAAGUAGGCUUCUUCCCUCCCGAGGUUGAGGCUAAGAUUAAAAAGGGCUUAGACGAGGUUCGAGCUGCGAAGAGGGACUUUCGCAGGGAAGGAAGACGAGCUUUGGCAAAGCAAAGCCAGCUAGAAGCAAGUAGUGUUGGUGAUGACCAAACGAGUGAAGUCAUAGAUACAAAGCAAGUAUUUGCCGCUAAAGUCUGAGCCUAAACCUAUGUGCCUGUAUUGAAUGAUCAAAGGAGGCGGCAAAUCAUUGGAUGCACCUGGGCAAAUAAUGGAAGGCUUGCUACUUGCGCACUAACUGUACCCCCUUUUCGGGAGCAGCAGUGUAUGUUAAGCCAGCAUAUCUUGUAUAUCAAUGUCUUGCCGUUGUAAAGCAGCUUUUAUGUGUUGGAAACUUCGUACAAUUAUUGAGAUCUCAAAAGCCUGAAUUGUGGGGGUAGUUUGUCUUUUAGAAUCUAUCAUUUUCUGCAGCUUAACUGAGUUGUCGAAAUAAUAAUGCUAAAUUAGCUAGAGGUCUGACAUUCUAGCUCAUUUUUGUUC